CCACUAACUGUGACUGACGAUGACAGACAUCAAACGAACACCAUAUGCUUUAUGUCGUGCAUAAAGCACGACAAUAUCGUGUGGAACGACAUCUGCGGGAGCAUUAAUGGUUGACGUCAAGCUCCAGUAGGUGGCGGUAAUGCGCUUUCAAUCUGGUUGCAAACCGCCAAAGAAGUUCCACCAAAAGAAGAAGAAGAUCUGUUUUUGAAUUCUUCCCUCUGAAGUUUAGCAUCCUACCAUGCUAAAUACCCAACAGGCAAGUUUUGCGCUCUUCCCUUCGUCGAGUGGUCUGUCGUGUUCUAGGAUCAUCCUCGGAUCAAACUUACGUUUGACAUAGUUCCAGACAUUAACAUAGCAAGCAACUGAAUAGCAACGCUGGACCAGCGAGGACUUUGCGACAAGUGUUUCCCCCUGUGGCCAGCAUGGAUCGAGUGGAGCUUCCUCAACAAGUAUGGGAUAUGCAGGAUUCCAGGGGACGUCUGGAGGAGCAGCAGGAGCAGAGGAGGUCACUGAGAGCUGCCAAAGAGAGGGAGGCCCGACAGGCUCUGCUUCUCCACCGACUCCAGAAUAAGGUUCUGGAGUAUAAAGAGGAAGUUGAGCGUCUGAACCUCCAGCUGAACAAUGAUCAGCGGGUCAAAGAUGAACGCAGCGCCUCAUUGGACAACACUCUGGCUCGCCUGGAGGAGGAACAACACAGAUCACUUCAGCUUGCUAAAACAAACGCACUUCUCUUGAAACAACUCCAACAAUCGAAAGAGUCCAAUCAGACCUUAAGGAGGGACGUCCAGAACCUGAUGGCUGAUUGGUCCAGAGUUAUAGAAACGGCUGAAAUCAGAACACCCCAGCAGCAGAGAGACCAAGAGGCUGAAGACGGCCAUCGGAAAGCAGUGCUUCAGUCUCUCCAGGGUUCUGUGGUGGAUCUUAAACGCCACUGUCACCUUUUUAAAACAUCAGCGAACAGAGAGCUGCUGCUGCUGAGGGCUGAUCUCUCCCGCCUGUCCUCCCUGCUCCUGUCCAGCUGGGACUCUGCCUGUCUCCAUUCUACACUCGCUCCUUUCCGCUCUUGCUCGCCUCCACCUGGUAUCUCUGUCUCCCCUCCUGCCUCUCCUGUCACCAUGGACACUUUCUCUGUUCCCAUGAUGACGCUGGACCUGGAACCGGAGCCUGAAGUGCAGCAGGAGUUGAUGCCAAGUUCAAAGCUCACAGGCAGGUGGGCUGGUCUGCUGCUACAUGACGGAAGAUCACAAGGAGCAGAGGGAAGACAUCAGUCUGCUAGUGUGGACACGGAUUCACAGGUUGAUGGCGAGCAAGAAAACGCAGAAACUUCCCAGAGACUUCACGACAGGCUGGAGAAUCUCAGGUCUCUGGUGGCUUCAAUGCAGUCGAGUUUUUUUCAGGCUCCGGAGGAAGUGGAUCGUGAACAGCUAUAUGGUCAAAUGAGGAAGCUGCAGGAGUCCACUGUCACACUUAACCGUGAAUUUGAAAUGGUGAGGAAGGAGCUCACACGAUUAAUCAUCCAACAUGAGUCCAACACGAACGCGAGGACUGAUGCCAGAUGGAGGACGACAGAGGAGAUCGAGAACAAGUUGGACGUGCAUCAGGAAGACUUUAAGGAAUACAGUGAGAAAGAAUAUAUGCGUCCAAAAGAGGGAGGACUGUUGAAGGAGAAUACAUGGGAAAGGGGGAGUGAGGAUGACUUGUGGCCGAUCAUGGAGGAGGAGGACUACAAGGAGGAAAAAGACUCAUGGGCAGGGCAGGGGGAUGAGAAGGAUGUCUCCAUACAAGGGGAAAUGGAAGAAUUAAACGACAGAGUGAGAGAGGUAUUCGGAGAGAAGGGGAACUUGCGGGAGAGAGAACCGGAACAGUUCAUGGAAAAGGAGGCCACGAAGCAAAGAAAGAUGGCGGAGCUCAAAGAUGAGGAGACUGUAUGGCAGAGAGAAAUUGAGGAGUUUAAGGAAAAGGCGGAUUCAUGGCAAAAAGAGAGGGCUGAAUUCAUGGAAAUGAUGGACUUGUGGCAAAAAGAAAAAGACCAAUUUAAGGAGAAGGAGUCUGUGUGGCAGACAGAAAUCAAGACGUUGAAACAGAGGGAGGACUCAUGGGAGAGAGAGAGGAAUUGCUUUACGGAAAAGGAAGACUUGUGGCAGAAGGAGCGAGAGGAAUUCAAUAAAAUGGAGGAAUUGUGGAAGAUGCAAAGUGAAGAAUUGGAGAAGAAAAACUCUUGGGAAAAGGAGAGGUGGUUGAAGGAGAAUUCAAGGCUCCAGGAGGUGGAUGAGUUAAAGGAAAAAGAAGACCUGUGGCAGACAGAGAGAGAACAGUUCAAGGAGAAGGAGGACUUGUUGCAAAGAGAGCUGAAGGAGCUCCAUAAAAAGGAAGACUCGUGGCUGAAGGAGAGGGAAGAGUUCAAGAAUAAGGAGGACAUUUGGCAACUUGCAAAGGAGGACAUCAAGGAAAAGGAGGACCUGUAUCAAAAAAGGCUGAAUGACUUUUUGGAAGAGAAGAACUUAUGGCAAAGCAAGAGGGAAGACUUCCAAGAACAGAGGGACUCAUGGCUGAUGGAGGUGGAGGAAUACAAGAAAAAGGAGGAUUUUUGGCAAACAGAGAGAGAGGAGUUCAAGAAAAAGGAGGACUUGUGGUUGAGGGAGAGAGAGGCGUCUAUGAAAAAGGAGGAUUUAUGGCAGGCCGAAAGGGAGGAGUUCCAGAAAAAGAAGGAUUUGUGGCAAAGGGAGAGGAAUGAGCUAACAGAACAGAGGGACUUGUGGCAAAGAGAGAGAGAGGAAUUUCUGUUAGAUGUCACGAAAAAGGAGGAUUUGUGGCAUACACAUAGGCAGGACUUCAAUGAACAAAGGAACUUGUGGCAACAGGAGAGGGAGGAGUUAAAGGAACAGAGGGACUCAUUGCAAACUGAGACAGAGGAUCUCAAGAAAAAGGAGGAGUCAUGGCUCAGGGAAAGAGAGGCAUCUAAGAAAAAGGAGGACUUGGAGAGGGAGGAGUUCAAAGAACACAGGGACUUAUGGCAGACAGACAGGGAGGAGUUCAAGAAAAAGGAGGAAUUGUGGCAAAAAGAGAGGGAGGAGUUCAAGGAACUGAGGGACUCGUGGCAGACAGAGAGGGAAAGGUUCCAAGAACAUAGGGAUUUGUGGCAGAAGGAGAGGGAUGAGUUGAAACAAAAGCAAGAUUUGUGGAAGGCAGAGUUGGACUCAUGGCAAAGGGAGAGAGAAGAGUUCAUGAAAAAGGAGGAUUCAUGGCUGACAGAGAGGAAGGAUUAUAGGGAGCAGACAGACUCAUGGUUCAGUGAGAGGGAAACAUCUAAGAAAAAGGAGGAUUCGUGGCUGAUGGAGAGAGAGGAGUUCAAGAAAAAGGAGGAUUUGUGGCUGAUGGAGAGAGAGGAGUUCAAGAAAAAGGAGGAUUUGUGGCAUGAGGAGAGGGAGGGUUUCAAGGAAAAAGAGGGUUUGUGGCAAAGGGAGAGAGAGGAGUUCAAGGCACAGAGGGACUUGUGGCAUAUAGAGAGGGAGGAGUCGGUGAUGGGAGUCAAGAACAAAGAGGAUUUGUGGCAAACAGAGAGAGAGGGGUUCAACAAGCAGCAGGACUUGUGGCAAUGGGAGAGGGAGGAGUUCAAGAAAAAAGAAGACUCAUGGCUCAGGGAGCGAGAGGCAUCUAAGGAGAAGGAGCAAUUGUGGCAGACGGAGAGGGAUGAAUUCAAGGAACAGAGGAACUUAUGGCAGACAGAGAAGGACACCUUCAAGAAAAACGAGGAUUUGUGGCAAAAGGAGAGGGAGGGUUUCGUGGAACAGAUGGACUUGUGGCAGACGGAGAGAGAGGAGUUUGCGAAAAAGGAGGAUUUGCGGCUGACAGAGAGGAAGGAUUAUAGGGAGCAGACAGACUCAUGGUUCAGUGAGAGAGAAACAUCUAAGAAAAAGGAGGAUUCAUGGCAGACAGAGAGAGAGAUCAAGGGACAGAGGGACUCAUGGCAGACAGAGAGGGAGGAGUUCAAGAAAAUGGAGGAAUUGUGGCAACCGGACAGGGAGGGGUUUGAGAAAAACAAGGAUUUUUGGCAUGAGGAGAGGGAGGGUUUCAAGGAAAAAGAGGACUUGUGGCAAAGGGAGAGAGAGGAGUUCAAGAAAAAAGAAGACUCGUGGCUCAGGGAGCGAGAGGCAUCUAAGGAAAAGGAGGAUUUGUGGCUGAUACAGAGGGAGCAGUUCGUGGAACAGAGUUACUCAUGGCUGUCAGAAAAGGAGGGUGUGAAGAAAAAGGAGGAAUUGUGGGAACAGGAGAGGGAGGGUUUCAAGGAACAGAUGGACUUGUGGCAGAGGGAGAGGGAGGAGGUCCAAGAACAGAAGGACUCAUGGCACAAGGAGAGGAAGGAGUUGAAGAAAGACAAUGAUUUGUUGCAACAGGAGAGGAUAGAGUUCAUGAAAAAGCAAGAUUUGUGGCAGACAGACUGGGAGGAGUUCAAGGAAAGGGAGAAUUUGUGGAAAAACGAGAGAGAGGAGUUCAAGAAACAGAGGGACUUGUGGCAGACAGAGAGGGAGGAGUUCAAGAUAAAGGAGGAUUUGUGGCAUGAGGAGAGAGAGGGUUUCAAGGAAAAAGAGGGUUUGUGGCAUGAGGAGAGGGAGGGUUUCAAGGAAAAAGAGGGUUUGUGGCAUGAGGAGAGGGAGGGUUUCAAGGAAAAAGAGGGUUUGUGGCAUGAGGAGAGGGAGGGUUUCAAGGAAAAAGAGGGUUUGUGGCAUGAGGAGAGGGAGGGUUUCAAGGAAAAAGAGGGUUUGUGGCAUGAGGAGAGGGAGGGUUUCAUGGAAAAAGAGGGUUUGUGGCAUGAGGAGAGGGAGGGUUUCAAGGAAAAAGAGGGUUUGUGGCAAAGGGAGAGAGAGGAGUUCAAGAAAAAAGAAGACUUGUGGCUCAGGAAGAGAGAGGCAUCUGAGGAUAAGCAGGAUUUGUGGCAAAUACAGAGGGAGCAGUUCAAUGAACAGAGGGACUCUUGGCUGACAGAAAAGGAGGAGUUGAAGAAAAAGGAGGAACUGUUGCAACAGGAGAUAGUAGAGUUCAAGAAAAAGCAAGAUUUGUGGCAAACCGACUGGAAUAAGUUCAAGGAAAACGAGGGUUUGUGGAGAAGGGAGAGAGAUGAGUUCAAGGAACAGAGGGACUUGUGGCAGACUGAGACGGAGGAGCUUCAAGAGCAGAAGGACUCAUGGCAGAGGGAGAGGGAUGAGUCAAAGAAAAAGGAGGAUUUGUGGCAAAAAGAGAGAGAGGAGUUUGACAAACAGAGGGGUCUAUGGCUAAGAGAGAUGGAGGACUUCAAGGAAGAGAGGGACUCAUGGCACAGAGAGAUGGAGGAUUUCAAGAAAAAGGAGGAUUUCUGGCAGAUGGAAACAGAGGAGUACAAGAAAAUGGGGGAUAUGUGGCAGAGAGAAAGGGAGAGAUUCAAGGCAAAGGAGGACUUGUGGCUGAGGAAGAGUGAGGAGUUUGUGGAACAGAAGGGCUCAUGGCAGAAGGAGAAGGACGAUUUUACUAAAAUGGAGGAUUUGUGGCUGACAGAGAGGGAGAGGUUCAGGGAACAGAAGGACUCCUGGCAAGCUGAGAGGGAAGACUUCAACACACACAGGGACUUAUGGCAAAGGCAAAGGGAGGAGUCAAAGAAAAAGGAGGAUUUGUGGCAAAAAGAGAAAGAGGAGUUCGACAAACUGAGGGGUCUUUGGCAAAGAGAGAUGGAGAAGUUCAAGAAAAAGCAGGACUUGUGGCAGACAGAGUCAGAGGGGUUCAAGGAACAGAGGGACUCAUGGCAGAGAGAGAGGGAUGAGUACAGGAAAAAGGAGGAUUUGUGGCAAAAAGAGAGAGAGGAGUUUGAAAAACUGAGGGGUCUCUGGCUCAGAGAGAGGGAGAAGUUCAAGGAACAAAGGGUCUUGUGGCAGACAGAGAGAAAGGAGUUUAAGAAAAUGGAGGAUUUGUGGGAGACAGAGAGGGAGAGGUUCAAGAAGGAUGAGAACUUGUUUGAGAAGUUUGAGAUGAAAGGGGAAUUGUGGCAUGAUGGGAAUGCAGAUUUCUGUAUGAAGGAAAGCUCUCGGAGCAAGGACGACUCGGGGCAGAGAGAGAGGGAAGAGAUGAGCGAGAGGCUGGAAGUGUUAGGGCAAGAGAGACAACUGUCCCAGGAAAGGCAGGUCUCGUUGGAGAAGGAGGUGAAGGACAUCAAUAGUAAGAACGAAACAUUUCAAAGAGAGAAUGAAGCAUUGAAAGAGAAGGAGAAGAUGUAUCUCAAUGCAAUAGAUGAGUUAAAGGAAAGUAAGGAAAACCUGGUAAAAGAGAUGGAGGAGUUCAGGCAGGAUAUGCUGGAGAAAGAAGGUUGGUGGUGGAUCGAGAGAGAUACAUUGAAGGAAAAGAUACAAAUGAUGGUGAAAGAAGGAGAAGACGAGAAGACUUGGAAGUUGGAGCUAAGCGAUGUCAAAGUACCCAUAAAGAAAAGGGAGGGGAGUAGGAAAGAGACAAAACAGAUGGGUGGGGUCUCAACCGAAGAGCCAAAAGAGAUGUUGAGGAAAACGGCAGACGUGGGAAGGCGGCAUGAGGAGCAACGAAAAGAAAGUGAGGCAUUUAUACAGGAAGUGACAGGGGAUGCGCAGGUGAAUAUGUUAAAAGGAAAAGAGGAGGAAGAGGUUCCACACACACGGUUGAGACAGAUGGAGGACAAUAUUCCGUUGACAGAAGAGGUGACUCCACAAGAGCGACUCCUGAACACACCCCAACUCGGCACCGUGACAAAUGAUGUGGUGGAGGUGAAGGCAGCCGACAUAAAACCACUUGGUCAAGAGGGGGGGAUGACAGUAACGUCACAAAGGCUCGAUGGAGAAUGGGAGAGGAUACAACAUGAAGAAAAGGCCCGUAUGGUGCAGGGCAACUUUGAUCCUUUAAGCAGAGUCUUGGACAGGAGGGAUGGAAGUGCAUGGAUGGAAAAGGCCGAGCUGAGCCACCGCGAGGCCUCUAGACUUUCCCGCCUCUUGAAAGAGAAAGAUGAGGUUGUGCGGCAGCUGAGAGCUCAACUUGGAAGACCGGAGGAUGUGCCAAUGAGCAAGGUGGAUGUGAAAAGAAUAGAUGAUCCUGGUGAGGAGAACAGGAGGUUAGAGAAGUGGUGGGAGGAGGAAUGGGACGCCAAAAUGAAAAUGGAAGCCAGAUGGAGAAAAGUGAUUGACGUGUUGGUGAGCAUCCACGAGGAGAGGAAAAAUAUCCGGACCGGACUCGACCAAAAUGAGCAGCGUGACAGGGCGGGACGACAAAGAGAAGCCGCGAGAACAUUAGAAGAUGAAGUCCAGCUGAGACGCUCAGAGGUGAAGAGGAAGCAAAAACCAGACCUGAGAGAAGCGAACCUGGGAGAGAGAGAGGAGGAAGCAUUGCAGCAAAAAGGAACGGAGGAAUGGAUGGAGCGAGCUACUCUGUGGAUGGAGUUAGAAGAACACUUGGCCAGGCUGAAAGAGAAAAUGAUUGAACAGGGGCCUGAGGAGAACCAGAAGGAUCAGGUACGACUGGAUCUCCUCCGCCUGGUGGCUGAACUUGAGCUCCAGUACAGUCAAGCCAUGAAGAAAAACCUAAGUCUGAAGCAUCAAAAUGGGAAAUUGAAGUCGGAGAGACGCACACUGAGGGACACCCUUCGACAGGUUGAGCUGCAACGUCUUACUCUUCGACAGGGAAACAGCAAAACAAAUGGUCUUCAGUCUGCAGACCAGGAGGUUCUGAGAGUCCGUGUGAUGGACCUCGAGGACACGCUGAGUCAGCUUCAGCUACUACUGGCGGCGGAUAGCCAGCAGAGGGCAGUGUUUAUCCAGGAAAGCAGCGGCAAGAGCGGCCACCUUCUCUCUCUGCGCCAGGAAUUGGCAGACUCGCUCUCCAUCGUCACUCUUCAUCCCAUUGUGUCCGUCCUGGAGUCAGAGACGCACAGACUGGACCAAAGCCUGCGGGAGGAUGACCGCAGAAGUUGAUGGAGACUCAACAGCAGACCUGAAACUUUGAGGAAGAAAAGGUCUGUUUGAUCAUAGUGGUCCCAUCCCUCAAGUGCACGUUGGAGCCGUGGCAGACUGUUACAAAUGUGUUACGAAUCUGAGCACUGAUCGUCUUGGAACCACAUGCCGGUCCAGGUUAACUUGUUUAUUAGUUACUGUGUGGUGCGACAAUGUUGUAAAUAUUGGGUGUUUUAUAUUUGACAGUCCUGGGAAUAAACUCCAGUGCACAGUGUUUCUGUUCACAUGGCAGCUCGGAUGGAGGUUCUUCAGACAAGCUCAUGAGCCCGGUUGAUCUGGGUGACAACAGUGUUUAGGAAAAUACACCUGACAGACACAAGUGCUGCAGGCUGGUGAACAAGUGUGUGUGUGUGUGUGUGUUUUCUUCACAUUGAUUAAACAUGUCUGGAGCUUUCAUGUACACAAUUUCUCCAUCAUUUACUUGGAAUAUUUUGGGAAGCUUGUAGGCUUGAGUGGACCUUCAGUGUGAAGUGCAUGACCUGAAUAUGAUGACCCUUCUGUCAUGGAUCCUGCUCCUGGUUGAACAUCUGAUGUUGUAUUACCUUCCACACCACAACUUUGUAUGCUAAAAAAACCCCCGCUCUUUUCUGGGUUAGGGUUAGGCAUUAUUUCCAACCUUUAGGUUCGUGACAAAGCCUAUAUUGUGCUUCCAUCUGGAGGAAUCAUGUGUCGGCUAACUCACUAGGUGCUAUUCAUGUUUACAGAGGCCACUGCUUAAAGCAGGAAGUGUCUUUAUCUCCACAGUAAAAACCAAAAACCUUGCACUUCCUUGUCUUGUUUUCUUGUGAUGACUUGUUCCUAAACACAUCAGAAUAUAGUGUACAUUUUUGGACACCUGUCCAAACGGUUCAUGUUUUAAAAAAUCAUAUAAAAAAAAUGAAGGAGAAAUCUUACAAAAAGUGAUAUAAACUAAUGUUUCUCGGAGCUUCAGAGAAACAGAGAUGCUGCGUUCAAAGACCAAUAGGUCUUGUUUCAUCGUGUCUGUUUAACCACGAGACACUUUUUAUCUAAAGCUCGAUUAAAC